UUCACCUUUUCAAUCAAUCCAUGGCGGGUUGGUCCUAGCGGAGCUAGCACUGUGAGUCGCUAGUUAUGGAGCCUUUGACUUCUAGACUGGGCUCCGAUAGCGACGCCAACUUGUGACUGGAUAAAACUCUUUUCGUUUCAAGCAGAAUAUCCGGCGUUCAUUGCGCCUGCUUGUCUUGCCCUUCCUUCCUAACAAAUGAGAUGGGGUUGCUACAGUUCGAUCACUAGCGCUAAGAGCCGUUGCGAGACAAGUUUCAAAACCAUUUUGCGUUCCAGUUUCCGAGAAACUGUCUUCAGGAGCUUCCAGUUCGGCGUAGCGAUGCAGCUGGACACAUUCUUGGGAUUAGGUAGCCAUUUUGUGACCGUUAGGUAACCAUUUUUCAUUGUUAGGUAACCAUUAGGUUGCCUUCACGUUACAGUACCGUCAGAUCUUGACUAGGUUGCGGGUAGAUCUAUCUUUAGGGUUAAAACUCGCUUACCAUAUUGAGGUGACAAGUUGAGACUAGGAGCACUGGUAGUAUGGUGAAGCCGCUUUCUCCGCUGCAGCAGCUGCACAUGUGGAAGGAAGGAGCAGGAUAUGGAGUCGCAUUAAUGUUGGAAACACUCUGACUGGUUGCUCACUUCACGCUAGUAAGACUGACAGUGGCUCUAACAGAUACUGUACUGUGGUUUUUUGGUUCGCGAAACUUUCCCGAGCUCGUUAGCGAUGGCUCGGCGAUGGUCGUCGACGGCUGUGAAGCUGACGCUGGUCAUCACCGCCAUCGCACUGUUACUAUGGCGAAGCCCGUUGCAACCCCUCGUCGUUACCCACUCGGACAAGUCAUCCUCGUUAGAAGCUCCCCCGUCUCACUCCUCCGCCCCCUUCUCCCCCUCCUCCUCCUCUUCGUCAUCCUCGUUUUCAGCGUCUUCGUUUCCCGGUAGCGAGUUUCCCGCGCUCGCUUCAGUAUCUGAUGCGACGGCCAUCGGUCCCCACAGACGGUUGCUUUCGUCGUCGGCACUCGAAAUAAGCACAACGGCAAGCAUUGCAGCAUCAUCUGCAUCUCUCCCGUCCAACAUCACCGCACCCCCCGCCGCUUCCCCUCCCCCCAAGCGCACGAUCUCCGCGCUGCUCCCGCGCGACCCUGCGCCGGGGAACUGCUCCGCGGGGAUCCACGGCUCGCCCGCGGAGGAGUGCGCCGCCGUGCGCGCGGAAGCCGCCUGCCGCAGCGACGCGCAGCUCGACUACCUCCAGUUCUACUUCUGCACGUUCCAGGGGACCCCGGUUCUGGGCGCGGCGCUGCUGCUGACGUGGCUGGCGGCGCUGAUCUUUCUCCUGGGGAAUGUCGCCGCGGAUUUUUUCUGCCCCUCGUUAGAGGAACUUGCGGAGUUGCUGAGGCUGCCGCCCACUGUGGCGGGGGUGACGCUGCUGCCGCUGGGGAAUGGUUCCCCUGACGUGUUCGCCAGCGUGGUUGCGUUUGUGGGAAAAGGGCACCAGAGCCUGGUGGGCUUUAAUGGAGUUCUGGGGGCGGCAUGUUUUGUCUCCACUGUGGUGGCUGGCUCCGUUUGUCUGGUAGCGGCCAGCAAGGCCCCCAGGGCCCAGUUGCACCGGUCGUCCUUUAUAAGGGAUUUGACCUUCUUCCUCCUUGCUGUCACGGCCCUGUCCCUGCUGGUGUGGCAGCGCACCGUGCAUCUGCCGCACGCCCUCCUCUUCCUCGCCAUCUACCCUGCGUACUGCCUAGCUGUCGCGGUCUCGCAGUGCAUGCCAUCAGUUUCUCAAGCCGCCAUACCGCAUUGGUUAUGGACGCACGAGCGAUCUCUAUUCCACUCGCGCCUCCACACCCACCACUAUCUGCACCCCCACCACUACCUCCCCUUCACCCUGUCCGGGGAGGGCUCGGCCAAUAGCGACGCGCCACCUGGCCACGUGGAGGCUGAGGACGUGACAGCUGGCAGCUGCUCUGUGGUGCUGCCGCCCCGCCUGCUCUCGUCUCCUCCCUUCUCCUCCUCGCCCUUCCCUUCUCUCACUCCCGCUCCUGUCCUCCGUUCUACUGCCUCGGCUGAUUUCGCUAGUGCUGAUGAUGCUGAUACUGCUGGUGCUGGUGCCGCUGCCGGUGCUGCUGCUGCUGCACGUGCUAGUGGUAACCGCAUGGGUUCGAGCGUAACGGACGAGUUGACGGAGCCGCUGUGGGGGUAUGAUGAGGAGAUGGAGGACCCUGAGCUGCGCCCCUGGACCUUCUCCGGCUUCUGCGAGUACUUCAUCAAGUUCCCGCUCACGCUGCCCCUCCUCUGCUCCAUCCCGGUCCACCAUAAAGACGAGUGGUCCAAACCCUUCGCAGUCGCCUCCUCCCUCCUCUCCCCCCUCCUCUUCACCACCUUUGUACUGGGCCCUGACUCCGGCCUCCUCCUCUUCUCUCUCGCUGCUUCCCUCGGCGUUUUCCUCGCCUUCCUCACAUACUACACCACAGACGAGGAAAGCCCCCCCCAGUCCUUUCUACCCUCUUUUCUCUGGGUGACUGCCGGGUUUGCCAUGUCCGUUGUCUGGUUCUACGCCCUAGCAAAUGAGCUAGUCGCCCUCCUCGUUGCUCUGGGUGUAAUCUUUGGAAUUUCCCCUCCGAUUCUGGCGUUAACAGUCCUCGCGUGGGGUAACUCGAUCGGCGACCUAGUAGCCAAUCUAGCCUUCGCGGCUAGCGGCGAACAAUCCCGACUGCAAAUCGCCUGGUCAGGCUGCUUCGCUGGCCCGCUGUUCAACACUCUAGUCGGGCUCGGCUUGUCGUUGGUCCUAGCGUGCUGGUCUCGGUACCCUGAGCCGUACGUUGUUCCUGUGGAUCGCACCCUGCUGUCCACCCUAGGGUUUCUGUUCCUGGUGCUGCUUUUCGUGGUGCUUCGGCUUGGCUUUUGGAGCAGUAAAGGAGAGGAGGCACUAGGAAGGGAUGGGGGAGGAGGAAGGGGUGGAGUUGGCGGAGGGAGGGAACGAGCAGCAGUAGCCGGUGGGGGGAAUGUAAGAAGCAGUGAGUUUGGCAGCAGUAGGGGGGGGAGCAGUGGUGGGGGGAGCAGUGGUGGGGACUGGGGGAGUGGAGGGGUGGUGGUGCUGGAUAAGAGGACGGGGAUUGUUCUUGUGGCGGCUUAUGUUGUGUUCUUGACUGCUCGAUUGCUGGUGGUGUUGGGUUUGCUCCCACCACUACCGCACGGGCUUACGAUGCUAUAGCAUGUAGAUAGUGUUGUUAGUAAAAGCAUUUCUGAUGGUUCUCACUUGCAUGAUUGACUCAACUGAAUAUUUGUAGCUGCUGAAAAUAAUAUUUAUUGUUAAAA